AUGGCCGAGCAUUUGGCUUCGAUUUUUGGAACUGAAAAGGACAAGGUCCACUGUUCGUUCUACCACAAGAUAGGGUCAUGCCGGCAUGGCGACCGGUGUUCGCGGCGUCAUGUCAAGCCCACAUACUCGCAGACGAUGCUUGUGUCCAACAUGUACAAGAACCCGUCGCUAAAGCCCGACUGCACACUAUCUGACGAAGAGAUCCAGCACGGCUUUGAGGACUUUUACGAGGACAUGUUUCUCGAGCUGGCCAAAUACGGUGAGAUCGAGGAGCUCAAAAUUUGUGACAAUGUAGGCGACCACCUGCUGGGAAACGUAUAUGUGAAGUAUCGCCGGGAGGAUGAUGCCCAAAAGGCCGUCGACUCGCUGAACAACCGGUACUAUGGAGGGCUUCCCGUUUGGGCGAGCUUUCGCCCGUCACUGAUUUCCGCGAGGCGUGUGAUACUGAACUUUAUGCACAUCCGCAAGCCCGCUCGCACUCUUGUGCGCGCGCUGUUUGACGGCCAGGAUCUGACUGUGCGCGAGAUGCGCCGUGUGGAGAGGGAAAAGCGUCGCACUCGCGAGCCGCCAUUGCCAUCGUGCACGCCGUCUCCCGCUCGAAGCCCUAGAAACCGCCGGUCCAAAAGCCCUGUGCGGUUUUAG